AUGCAAGCGGACAUUACUGACAACCAUACCUACUACUUACUAAGUGGCUCAAUCAUCGACCGGGAAUUGGAAAAGUUGAAGCAAUCAUUGCUGGGAAAACUUGACGAGCUGACCGCAUACACGAAGCGAGGUCACCCAUUGCCUGUGGGCAAACGCUUUCUCUCCCAGAUUCAAAAGGCCAGGACCAACCGUCAGCUAGAGUCACUAAGAUAUAAGCUCCUAUUCCGUGAAUUCGAAGAAAAAGAGGAAAGGUUCUAUACGGUGAAAGGCCUCGAGCAAGCCAUAUCGGCGAUGGAAACUUCCCGCGAUGAAUUUGCAGCCGCCGAGAUCAUCGACCAGAUGGAAGCGUAUUAUGAGACAGCAAUUGUGACGUUUGUCGACAAUGUCGCAACUCUAGGCAUCGAAAAUUGUCUUCUUGACCCUCUGCAACAUAUAUUUACCAGCCAGGUUGUCAAUAAUAUGGAUGAUGACCAGAUCCGAGAACUUUCCAUGGAACAGCCUUAUAUACAUGAAGAACGACUACGGUUAAGCCGCGAGCUCGACAAAUUGCAAGCUGGCCUACGGCCUCUCAGCGUCUUGAACACUCAGAAGCCGUCACUGAGUAAUCCACCACUAUUGGGCAAGCUCCAGAGUCCUUGCAUGAAGAAUUACAUUAUAACCUGA